AUGACCGACCUCAAAGUCCUUCACUCCACCGAUCCUUCUCAAUACUCAAUCGCCCUCCACCCAACUAUCCAGCGCGUCGGAUUGGCUGUUGGCAGUGCACUCACAUCGCUAAUAAAUCCCUAUCGACAUGACAUGGUUGCAGCAUGCGGAGAGGCUACGGCACAACCCUUCUUCAUAUCCCGGUUGAGAAAUCGGAUGCUUUCAGAUCCCACCGGUAGACGAAUCCUACGAGAUCGACCUCGGAUCACAUCUACAACUUUACCUUUGGAGAUGCUACGGCAGUUACCAGAAGACAGUGUAGGCAGUACAUAUGCAGCUUGGUUAGAUCGCGAAGGAGUAACACCAGAUACACGGGAUGCAGUACGGUAUAUUGAUGACGAGGAGGAAGCCUAUGUGAUGCAGAGAUAUCGAGAAUGCCAUGACUUCUAUCACGCCGUGACUGGCCUGCCCGUAUGGGUGGAAGGAGAGAUUGGGCUGAAAGCCUUUGAAUUCGCCAACACGGGGCUUCCCAUGACUGGCCUAAGUUUAGCAGCCAUCAUCCGACUCAAGCCAGCGGAGCGGCGAAGAAUGUUCGAAAUCUUCUUGCCCUGGGCAUUUGCCAAUGGAUGGAAAAGUAAAGACCUGAUCAACGUUUAUUGGGAAGAGGAGCUCAAGACCCCGGUUGUGGAGCUGCGACAACGACUGGGGAUUGAGCAGCCUCCAGACUUGCGAGCCAUGCGGAGGAAGCUGAGAGACGAACGCAGAGCGGCCAAGGCUGCACAGGAAGCCGCAAGCAACCAAGGCUAG